UCCUGAUUCGAGGGUUGAGGGUUGAGGGCCCAUAUCAUGAGCCCUGUAAAAGACGACGAGAGAAUAGAUAGUACUACUGUACACGAAAAGCAUCGUCGAUCGUGAGAGGGAUUUUGAUUCUUGACUUGAGAUGGGAAUCCACAUAACGUCCAUGCCCUUCCUUGCAUAUUGCAUCAGAAGAUCAGAUCGCGUCAUCGCAACCCCCUAUAUGGAACUGCUCUGCAUCCCAAUACUAUCUCCCCAAAUCCAUGGUUCAGAGGUCGGACCUCACCUCUGUUAGGAUGUGCUCAAGCACACUGCAACAUUUUUCUUUUGACAUAAUACAAUGAGAGGAAAAUGCACGUGUACGCUUUCCGAUGAAACGGCAACGGGUUCUCUACAUUCGGAUUCUUAGCGCCAGAAGAUUCUGAAGAAAGCCGCAGCGCAAAAGCGAGAGAAUCUCGUCCCUGUCCUGUUCCGGUCCCCGUGGAAGUGGAAAAACCAACUCCCUCCAUCUCAAUCAAUUUCCUCGCCAAACAUUAGGGAACGGUGCAAUUUUCCCGAAAAUCUCUCUCAUUUUUUGAGUCAAGCCUAUAUUAUACGAACAAUUUACUAUCGUCAUCGAAAUUGUAUUCUGUUAGCAUUUCGGGUUUCAGUUCCAGUUGUCAGGGAAACUUGUUGUGGAAAUGGAUAUUGAUGAUGUUUUGGGCAAUUCUAAAGUUGUAAACCUUCCAACAAAGAGUGCGAUUUAUGUGUGGGGUUAUAACCAACGUGGGCAGACGGGUAGGAAGGGUAAAGAAUGUCACUUGAGGAUUCCCAAGCGUCUCCCUCCCGAGCUUUUUGGGUGCCCGGCAGGAGUUAAUGAACGGUGGUUGGAUAUUGCUUGUGGCCGUGAGCAUACUGCAGCUGUUGCCUCUGACGGCUCACUUUUCACAUGGGGGGCAAAUGACUUUGGUCAGUUGGGAGAUGGAACUGAAGAGUCUCGGAAAUACCCAAGAAAAGUUAAGCUACUGCAAACUGAAUUUGUGAAAUCUGUUUCAUGUGGAGCACUCUGUACAGCUGCUAUUGCAGAACCUCGUGAAAAUGAUGGGACCAUCUUCACAAGUAGACUUUGGGUCUGGGGGCAAAAUCAGGGAUCAAAUUACCCACGUCUUUAUUGGGGAGCUUUUACUCCAAACACGAUUAUCCACCAAGUUUCUUGUGGAGCAGUUCAUGUGGUGGCUUUAUCAGAGGAUGGCCUUCUGCAGGCAUGGGGCUACAAUGAAUAUGGUCAGCUUGGCAGAGGUUUUACCUGUGAAGGGCUUCAGGGUGCUCGGGUUUUAAAUGCUUAUGCAAAAUUCCUUGAUGAAGCCCCUGAGCUUGUGAAGAUUAUCCAAGUGUCAUGUGGGGAGUACCACACAGCAGCUAUAUCAGAAAAUGGCGAGGUAUAUACUUGGGGGCUAGGAAAUAUGGGUCAACUUGGGCAUUGUUCACUUCAGUCUGGAGAUAAAGAGCUGCUGCCCAGACGAGUUGUUGCCCUUGAUGGAAUACCUGUAAAAGAUAUUGCAUGUGGUGGUGUUCAUACAUGUGCUCUGACUGCAAAAGGAGCUCUUUAUGCUUGGGGUGGUGGGCAAGCAGGGCAAUUAGGGCUGGGACCCCAGACUGGAUCCUUUUUAUGCAUUGCUAAUGAGUCUGAAAUGUUGCUUCGAAAUAUUCCUGUUUUAGUUGUCCCAUCAGGUGUGCAGCUUGUUGCUUGUGGGCAUUCCCACACGCUUAUUUCUACUUGUGAUGGAAGAAUUCAUGGAUGGGGUUAUAAUAGCUAUGGUCAGGCAGCAAAUGAGAAAUCUACCUAUGCUUGGUAUCCGUCACCAGUUGAUUGGUGUGUUGGAGAAGUACGGAAACUGGCUGCUGGUGGUGGUCAUUCAGCAGUGCUGACUGAUGCAUGUUCCUUGAAAGAAUUAUGUGAAUUCAGCCUUGCAGAUAAUAUGACUCUAUCAAAUGCUUCCAAAAUUGAGGAUGUUGCAGCUAGAACUGGAUCAGAUGCUUUAGCACAUCUUUGUGAAAGACUGAGGGAGCAUUUGCUUGACUCGGGGAAGUGUGAUUGUGAAGAGCAAGAGGCGGUUCAAGGCAAGAAUUGAAGAAAAAGGAGUCAAGAGUAAAAAAAUGUGAAGGGUUGGUAUAAACAGCAUUAUUUUUUUGAUUAAAAAGUGUCAGAUAUAUUACUUGAACAUGUUAACCUAUUUGCCGUUUUACAAUUACAUAAUAUGAAGGCUAGGAUUUGGCCGCUUAAAAGAGUGUCA